GCCAUUGCCACAGGAGGUAGUGUCAAUCUCUCACAAUGAUUCGACAUCUAUGUCAAGCAAUUUGACCUCUUUAUUGAAGUUUGUAUCACCAUGGGAUAAUGACUACCACAAGAAGAUUAAUAUCCCAUCGCAUGUUUUUGGAUACAACACGAUUGCUACGCUUUUCAAGGAUGAUGUGACGCAAUUUUGCAACAUGGACAAGAUUGGGCAAACUCCAAUGAUAUUGUGUUUGAGGUUGUUGGAUGAUAUACUACAUACCAAUGGGUUGGAUCAUUUGUACGCAUUUCAGCAUCCAGGUGAAGUUAGUGUAGGUCAUGAGAAUAAGCGUGCCCAAGCACUUAAAGAUCGAUUCAUUCAAAUGGGUGAGAAGCAAUUCCUUAUUUGUCCCUGGAAUAACAAGUAAGUUUAUAUUGAGUUUUGAAAUGUUAAGUUCAUAUAGUCAUCUUCUAAAUAUUUGAUUGUUUGUUUUCUAGUGAACAUUGGAUGUUAUUGCUAUUUCAACCUCACUCACAUUCAGUGGCGUUCUUGGAUCCCAUUAACCUUCAAUUACGCAUUGAGAUUAAAAAUAUAGUUAGGCUGUAAGUUUAUAUAAGUUUCAUUCCUUAAAGUAUAUUAUCUUUUUAAUAGUACUUGU